AUGCCUUGGCGUUAUGCUGCUCAUUAUAACAGUUCAUUAGCAAUGGAAGAACUGCUAAACAUAAACCGCUUUAUUGGAUAUCAAUUAGUGAGUCAAGGUAAUACAAUCACUUCAGCAUUUCACAUUGCAGUUAGUCGAGGUCAUUGUGAAACAAUGCAGGUUUUUAUGAGGAGAUGUCCCGGUAGCUCUGACUUCAUUGAUAGCGAAGGACGAAACAUUCUUCAUGUUGCUAUUGAAAGCAAGCAAACUGAAGCAAUUAAAUUCAUCUUUCAGCAUGAAUCAUUAACAAGCCUUUUCGAUCAAAAAGAUAACAAUGGGAAUACUCCUGCUCAUUUGUUAGCAGAUCUCGACGACUUUGAAAUGAUGGAGAAGGUCAUAGCUAUGGGUACAAAGAUGGCUAAUAAAAUAAGCUCGUCAUCAUCUCCUAACAUAAGCAUGAGUGACUUGUAUGAAAAAAAUUUAGAAGGUAAACAAAAAAAACCAGAAGCACAACAUAUUAAGAUGGUGGACAAUUUGGUUUUGGUGGUUACGCUUAUAGCGACAGCAUCCUUUGCAGCUGCAUUUACUAUGCCAGGUGGUUUCAAUAGUAACAAUGGCUCCAAACUUGGCUCACCCUAUCUACUUAGAAAAGCUCCAUUCCAAGUAUUUGUUAUCAGUAAUGCUAUAGCAUUCUCUUGUUCUUCCGCUGUUCUGCUUGCACACAUUGUGAUACUUAUCAAUCGUAACCGUUAUGAUGUAGCAGGAGAGGCUAAACGAAAGUACAUCGAUGGAAGAAUUGUGUUUAUGUAUUAUCUUACAGGAGGUGCCCUACUUGCAAUGUUAAUUGCAUUUCUCUCUGGUCUUUAUGUCGUGCUAUUACCGUCACUUUGGUUGGCAAUUUUUGUAUGUGCUUUGAGCACAUAUAUUGUUGUACGUUCCUUGAAAAAUUAA